AUGGAUGGCAACAGGUUUGAACAUUGGUUUGACUUGUUCCUGACCAAGGUAUUGCCAGGAAGCGUUAUUGUAAUGGAUAACGCUUCCUACCACUCAAGACGCGUGGAGUGUGUCCCCACAAAAUCUUCAACCAAGAGUGUCAUCCAAGAAUGGCUAAGCUCAAAGGGAAUUAACUGGGACAAAGACAUGCUCAAGGUGGAACUAAUUUCUUUAGUCUCCCAAGUGCAACACAAGUUCCUCAGCUACCGAGUGGACACACGUGCUGAAACUGUUGGGUGCACGGUUCUUAGGCUGCCCCCUUAUCAUUGUGAGCUGAAUCCCAUUGAGCUUAUCUGGGGGCAAGUGAAGAAUGAGGUUGCACGAAGCAACUCGUCUUUCAAACUAAAAGAUGUGAAGGUGCUUCUAGAGCAGGCAAUCAACAAUGUCACGAAAGACAACUGGACCGUUGCUAUACAGCAUGUUAAGAAGAUGGAAAAGCAGUUCUGGGAGAAUGACAGCCUGUCGGACAGAGAGGUUGCACCAAUCAUCAUCGAAAUCAAUGCCGGAGAUGACAGCGACGACUCCUAUGAAGAUGAAAGCUGCGAUGAAGUUGUCUCUGGAUUAGGCCAGCCACACAUUCCAGGUGUGGAGCCACUUAAUAUGUAA